GAUCGAGCACCCGCCAGACGGAGAGAAGCGCGGAGGAGUGGGCGGGGACCGGGCUCCAGAGCCCCAGGCCCGCGGGAGGGCGGAGCCGGGCGGUCCCUUCCUAGCCGGGACGCACGGAAGUGCGGUGGAGUUUGCCCAAUUCCCCAGCCUGCUUUUCCUCCCUCUCCCCACCCUUCACCUCCCCUUCGGCUAUUCCCUCCUUCCUCGGGACGCCACCUCCGGGAAUCGCCUUUUUGUUUUGGGGCUGGGCGGCGCAGAGGGGCAGCGAGUCUGGGAGAAGUCAGGCUGGGGACGCAGCCCGCCGCCCAGCCCGCCGGGCCCGCGGGGCAAAGUGGAGGACCGACGGACGCCCGGCGGGGCGCGCCAUCUGCUCGCCGGAGCUCACUCGUCAAACUACUGUUGAGUGUGUGCGUGCACGCGAAGGGUGCGGGGCGGGGGUCGUAAGUCUCGGGUGCGGGGUUACUGGUUUCCAACGAGGUACCUUUGGACGGGAGUCCUUAGACUCAGAUCGGAAUUAGGCAAACAAAAGAGACCAGUCAGCGAGUGGCGAGAAGUCGCCCAAGCUCCUCGCCGCGCCCCCUCCUCCCUCCUAGGUCGGAGCUGGCCACUUGCGGGGCGGGGAGAGGCCACCGAGCCGACUGGGGGGCCCGGCUGCGCCGCCAGGGUCGAAGAGUUGGCGGCCUGUUGUGUAAGCCUCAGUCCUUGUUUUCCCGGCCUGGCUCGUUGUGAAGCCGGACACAUCCACCCUUGGACUCAAUUCAGGAGGCUGCUGCUUUUCUCCUUGCCCCUCUUGGAUUUUCUGGAUUUUUGAAAACCCAAUGGCCUAGGAGGAGGAGGAGGAAGAAGGAGGAAGGGGCAGAUCUGCAGAGGAAUGUGAGAGCCUCCCAAAGCCUGAGCAGCCAAAAGGAGGUGGGAGCCAGAGGGACGACAGAACCCUGCUGGGUUUCUGGAAUGGUGGUUUCCCAGUGAUUCUCUUCUAUUUUAGAACAUUGUUUCAGUGGAAAGUGUCGAAUUCUUGCCCUUGCAGAGCUGGUUUCUCCAGGUCACUUGACUGUUCUGGAAGUGGGAGGAAACAGAGACUCCCCCCACCCCCCUAGGGACUACUGAGGGAGGGGAAGAAGACUAUGGAUGUGAGCUGUCCCUGCUCACAGGCAUGUGCCCAGAGACCUGAUGGGGCACUUUCUGGGCCAUGGGCAGUGCUUUGAAGAACAGGCUGAACAGCAUUUGUGGAUGCUGAAAACCCACCCUGGGGGCCGAGAAACUGAGCUGUAUAACAGGCAUUGAGUUGCUAGUGCAUUCUUGGACAUUCUAGUGAAUGGUCUGGGCAGGACCCUCUCCUUCCAUCUUUUUCUAUUACCCAGCCCAGACAUGGCACUGAAAGGCCGAGCCCUCUAUGACUUCCACAGUGAGAACAAGGAGGAAAUCAGCAUCCAGCAGGAUGAGGACCUGGUCAUCUUUAGUGAGACUUCACUGGACGGCUGGUUGCAAGGCCAGAACAGCCGUGGUGAGACAGGGCUCUUUCCUGCUUCUUACGUGGAGAUCAUCCGUUCUGGCAUCAGCACCAACCAUGCUGACUACUCCAGCAGCCCUGCAGGCUCCCUGGGCACCCAGGUGAGCUUGUACAACAGCCCCAGUGUGGCCAGCCCGGCCAGGAGUGGUGGGGGCAGUGGUUUCCUCUCAAACCAAGGCAGCUUUGAGGAGGAGGAUGAUGAUGACUGGGAUGACUGGGAUGAUGGAUGCACAGUGGUGGAGGAGCCACGGGCUGGUGGGCUGGGCACCAAUGGGCACCCCCCCCUCAACCUCUCCUACCCUGGUGCCUACCCCAGCCAGCACAUGGCCUUCCGGCCCAAGCCACCCCUGGAGCGGCAGGACAGCCUGGCAUCUGCCAAGCGAGGCAGUGUGGUGGGUCGCAACCUCAACCGUUUCUCAUGCUUUGUGCGCUCUGGAGUAGAGGCCUUUAUCCUGGGUGAUGUACCCAUGAUGGCCAAGAUUGCCGAGACAUACUCCAUUGAAAUGGGUCCUCGUGGUCCCCAGUGGAAGGCCAACCCCCACCCGUUUGCCUGCUCUGUGGAGGACCCCACCAAACAGACCAAGUUUAAGGGCAUCAAAAGCUACAUCUCCUACAAGCUCACACCCACCCAUGCUGGCUCACCAGUCUAUCGCCGCUAUAAACACUUUGACUGGCUCUAUAAUCGCCUCCUACACAAAUUCACUGUCAUUUCGGUGCCCCACCUGCCUGAAAAGCAGGCCACAGGCCGCUUUGAGGAGGACUUCAUUGAGAAGCGGAAGCGGAGACUUAUCCUCUGGAUGGACCACAUGACUAGCCACCCUGUGCUGUCACAGUAUGAAGGCUUCCAGCAUUUCCUCAGCUGCCUGGAUGACAAGCAGUGGAAGAUGGGCAAACGCCGGGCCGAGAAGGAUGAGAUGGUGGGUGCCAGUUUCCUGCUCACCUUUCAGAUCCCCACAGAGCACCAGGACCUGCAGGAUGUGGAGGACCGUGUGGACACAUUUAAGGCCUUCAGCAAGAAGAUGGAUGACAGUGUCCUGCAGCUCAGCACUGUGGCAUCAGAGCUGGUGCGUAAACAUGUGGGGGGCUUCCGUAAGGAAUUCCAGAAGCUUGGCAGUGCCUUCCAGGCCAUCAGUCAUGCCUUCCAGAUGGACCCCCCCUUUAGCUCUGAGGCCCUCAACAGUGCCAUUUCUCACACGGGCCGUACGUAUGAAGCCAUUGGGGAAAUGUUUGCUGAGCAGCCCAAGAACGACCUCUUUCAGAUGCUCGACAUGCUGUCUCUCUACCAGGGCCUGCUCUCCAAUUUCCCCGACAUCAUCCACCUACAGAAAGGCGCCUUUGCCAAGGUGAAGGAAAGCCAGCGCAUGAGCGACGAGGGCCGCAUGAUGCAGGACGAGGCCGACGGCAUCCGCAGGCGCUGCCGCGUGGUGGGCUUCGCCCUGCAGGCCGAGAUGAACCACUUCCACCAGCGCCGUGAGCUCGACUUCAAGCACAUGAUGCAGAGCUACCUGCGCCAGCAGAUCCUCUUCUACCAGCGGGUGGGCCAGCAGCUGGAGAGGACCCUGCGAAUGUACGACAGCCUCUGACCAGUGUGCCAGGCCCUCCCUGCCCCUGGGCCUGGUCGCUGCAGUGCACCCUGUGUCCCAGUCUCCCUGUCCUGGCAGUAGCUGGAGGGGUAGUCGUUGUAGGGUGAGGUAAAUAGCCUGUGGCCUCCUGAGAGAAGGAGCUUUUAAGGAGUCAUGGGUACUCUUCACCCCUUAAAAGUAGGGGCAUAGCUGGAGUGAGAAUGGGGCCAGGAACCCUCCAGGCCAAGGCUUGGGCUGUUGAUCCGUGUGGGCCGGGCCAGGGUCUUAACCUCCUUUAGAGCCUAAAGUGCUUACUUCAUCUGGCCACCACGCCUUGUCCCCUCAGCAGACACCUAAGCCUGCUGUGACCCUGGAUCAGAAACUGGGCACCCAGGGCUGUGAUGUGCCACCCUUGAGGAGUCCUCAGUCAAAGUGGGGGUCAGACAUAGAAACAGAGAUAGGCAGUAUGACAGAUGGUUAAAUCAGGGGUUCCUGGAAUCUCAGAGGGACCACAGCAUUCUGCUGGUCAGGGAAGACCCCACAGAGGAGGCAAUAUUCAAACAGUGUUUUGUUCUACAGUAAGUGAGGAGGAGGACAUUCAGGGGAGCAAAAUAGCUCGGUAAAGGGACAGAAGCACAAAAACAACUUCUUCUCUCCUUUACCUUUCCUGAGCAAGGUUGGUGGCCCAAUCCCCAAACUGUAGCCUGUAUGGCAGCCACCUGCAGCCCUGGCUUUCUUUGCUUCACCCUGUCCCCCACAGGAGGGGCUGCAGGCCAGCUCCCUCCUGUAGGCCUCUGGGUGCAUCCCACUGCCGAGCCCCAUCCUCCUUUGAUUAGGAAACCGCUCAGCAUCCCUCCCGACUUGGGCUCAAGGUGCUGACACACUAGGGGCCCUAGAGACCUAGUGGCACCUUCCUAGAGAAGACUCUCCCAAAUUACCAUAUGUUUGAGUUCAUCAGCAAUAACUCUCCACACUCCAAGCAGGCCCAGACCUCAGGCUCCCAGAGUCCUUGGCCUCUGAGGCACUGUCUUCCCCAAAUUGUCCCACUUAUACAGUGGGAAACCUAAGAGGAAAAAGACAGGGGCCCGCUUACCACCAUUCCAGGGAUUCCAGACCCAUCUACCCACAGCCAGCCUCACUGUGAUGUGCACCCUAGCUCCUGGUCAGAUUGUGCUGUCUUGGACCUAUGUUUACAUCCCCAAGGGAUUACUGCCUCCUCCCCACCCGGGCCAGGGUGUGGUCCAGCAGCUUGUCAGGGGAGCUGACCUGUGCCACCACUACCCCCCCUCCCCCAACCAGGUGUCAUGGUCUGCUCCUGGCUGCUGCUGCUUGAAUCUUUUUUCUUCCUUUUUUCCUUGAUAAACCUUUUACAAUGAAGACAACAAAAACAUGAUGUUUUCUGUUUGGAUCCCAGAAGGGAUGAGGGCGGGGCAAAUAUAGAACCCUGAUUACUCCUGGGAACCUUUGGAACAGAUUCUGAGAUCACAGUGGGCAAAAAUUUAUCACAGAACCUUAAAAGUUGGGGGCAGCUGUGCCAAUGGGAGAUGUUAACUGGCAGGAGGGGCUGGAGGUGGCCUCAGACCCUGGCUGGCUGCACUCCUUCCCCAGAUCUCACUCUCCUUAUCUUUGAAAUGGGUGAAAUGCUGCCCAGGGCUUUGGCUGUGCUGCUCCUUGAUCUAGGACUGAGGGUUAUGUGAGGAAGGGCCAGGAGGCUGUGCCCCAGGACAUCCCAAUAGACAGGUGUUUCCUCUCCCCAAGGAGCCAUGUCCUAGAAAGCCCUAGUGCAAGGCAGGAAGACUCAGUAACUGUGUCUUUCCCCCAAGCCAUCCUGGGUGCCCAACCCUGCCGUGGCUGCAUGUUGGAAACUGGAAAGGACCCCCAGCUAUGCCUUUGGGAGUGCCCUGGUCAAGAUGGACAGGAGCCUGUUCAUAGACAGAAGAGAGAAGAGCACUGGCUGAGAUGUGGUUCUCUUUCAGAGGCAGUGGGGACACGGUGGAAGCAAGGCUUCCAGGCUCUAGGCCACCAGGGAGGGUUUUGGCCAGGUCAGGGGCCUGGGAGCUUGUGGCAGGGGAGAUGGGGAAGGGCCAGCAGGUGGUGGGCAGGGCUCCCUGUUUGGGGAAAAGCAUCUGAACUUGUGGAGUAGGUCCCCCUGGCCCUGGGUCAACAUUAGGUCAGAUUCGGGACUUUUUGAGGAAUUUUCCCCUCCCUCCUCCUUGCCCUCCUUCCUUCCUUUUCUAGCCCAUCCAAGAAACUUCCCACCCUUAACCUCUUCUCAGCUCUGACCUCCGUAUGGUCUUCUGCAGAGGGGGCUCUGAGCAAUGGGUGGAGGGGUGUUUCCUUCCCAGGCCAGUCUGGGCAGAGCUGCUGGGAAUCCUCUCAACUCACGGUGACUGGAAAAGUCCCCUGCUAAUGCUUCCUGCUUUGGGAGCAGCGUUGCCCUCCUGUGUCCCUUCCUUGACAGGGAGGGCUACCUACUAUGGCUGUCAUCCUCAAGGUUAGGCAGUUGGGCUGAUACUUUUCUCAGGGGGGCUUGGAUCUAGGAGAAGAAUCAGAAAGUGAAGUCUUGGGAUGGGGCCAGGCCUGCUCUGGGCAUCCUGAGGCCUCCGGGCUAGGGCGGAAGUGUGGGUGGGGAGUGAGGAUAUCUGAGGAUAUCUCUAUCUUUCUGUGGGUUGGGGUGUUGGGGAAAUUUGGGGUUGUCUGGGCUAACUGACCCCUCUUAGCAAGGCAUCGAGGCCAUCCUGGUGGUGGCAGGGCUUGCUGUCUGGCCUCAUCACAGGCAAGGCAGAUGUUCAUACUGAGCUGGGCCCAGCUGCCUCCAGUUUCCUCCCUCACUUUGCUCAGAGUGGGGUGGAAAACAAGGCUUCUCUUUCUGUGUGGGCAGCUACCAGGACCUGGGGGUGGGGGACUCCUGGUCCCCAGUCUUGGCCCAGCCCAGGAAAAGGAGUCUGCUUUGUGACUACAGGUGGGGGCUGGGGAUGGAUACAGAUCUCAGUUCCUGCAGUCCGUCACUGCCUGGGCACAGGAGGGCUAUGAACCGAUAUGCUGUGACUGUGCCAUUGGCUGGAACAGAGCCAGGCCUCAGAGAGACAGGUGGCUCCAUGGCCUCAGCCCUGCACCAAGUCCCCAUCUGGUGACAGAGCUGCAUGUUGUUCACACACCCACAGUCUCAGACAUGAUCGCUUAGUCUCCGAAGCACAACAGCAGCAGACACAACCACACAUAGUUGCAUGGGUACGGAGGCCACACCUGCACGCUCAUGUGCUUACAGUUGCACCCCAGCUGCCCUGCCACACAGUGUUACAUGUUUACAACCAUGGCCACACUCAGCUACUUCCAAGCGUGUUACCAUCACAGCAUCAGUUUCAGCUGCUUGGUCACACACAGCCUUACAUAAUGACACACUCAGAUGUACAUAGCCACAAAGUCACACAUGCACAGGGCAGAGGUGUCACAAGCUUGGCCAUGCCUGGACCACACCUGCAUCAUCUCCUAGGUCCGUAGGCCAGCCCAUCAGAGACCUCAGAGGAGAGCUUUGUGGGAUAAGCAUCCCUGGAAAGGUUGCAGUUGGGAUGAUCAGACACAAGUUCAACUUUUCAUUGCACUGGCGGAACCUGAGGCCCAGUGAGCAGUGACUGCUGGCCACACCACCUACAGGGCAGGGGAUACUCUGGUGCCAGAGCCUAGCUCUGAGCAGGUUCUGUGGCCUGUCCUUGCCCACCCCUGAGCCAGUCCCUAGUGCAGCCUGCCUCUGAAGGCCCCUGGAUGAACCCAUCUAAUAAAGCUCCAGACACCUCCCAUUUCUCAAGCUGGAGCUGAGCUGCAGUGUCCACAAGAGCAGGAGCCAGGAUGCAGUGGGCAGGGCCUGGGCCGGGGCGGGAAGCAUUCCUGCACCAGCUCCUCCCCAAGCAUGUGAGGACCGGCCCCACCCUGCCCGCUGACUCAGGCCUCACAGAGCCAAGCCUGCUCAGCUCCCCUACCCACCCCAACCGGUUUCCUCACCAAUUGCAUACCCCUUCCUUUCUACUGAUUGGGGCAGGGGGUCAAAGAGGGUGAGUCCUCGCAGGAAGACCAUGGGGAAGAUCAAACUUUACCUCCCCCAGGCAUAGCUUAGAGGGCUGAUUAUGAAACCCAGCUCCGUGGUUCCACAUAGUGUAACACAAAUCUUUUUUCUUUUGGUUUUGUUUUCUUAGUCAAACCCCAACGUCCUGCAGUUGAUUUAAAAAGCAGGGCUCACGUAGCUGUGGUCUCCAGGGUCUGCACAGUGGCCCCAGGAGGCAAUGUUUUUCCAUUUCACAGAUGAAGAGACUGAGACUUGGCUAGAGGGGAGAUGACACCUGCCUAGGAUCACACAGUGAGGCUGUCGCAGGGCUGGACUUGAACCCAGCUCUCUGCUUUCACUCCUUAAAUUCACAUUGAUUAACUCAUUUAGGCCCAAAGGAAGAGGAGGUGGCAGAUCUCUGCUCCAGAGGUAUGAAAGGAUGGAAGGCUGGGCAGCUCAAUAGGUAGGGCACUGGCCCCAUAAAGCAAGGGUGGUGGGUUCGAACUCGGCCCCAGCCAAGCUGCAACAACAACAACAAAAAAGGAUGGAAAGCCAGUGAACUCAACUACUGUCACGUGAGGGGUGUUGAAGGGUAGGGUGAGUCUCCCAGCCCCCCUCAAAAAGAGUUUGAAGACAGCAUUGCAAGGUGACAGCUGCAAUUCAGGACCUGCAUUUAUAAAGGAAUGUGUGAGGAACAUAACUUCAUUUUUCUGUAUCUUACCUGAACUUCUCUUUUUCUCCUCCAUUCUCCCAGAUGAUAGAAAAGUAAUCUCAAAUUACUUUGGGACCCCCUCCCUUGCAUAUAAGUUUUGGGGAUGGCACAUGUGAAGAUAUUAGGCAGGCCCCCGGCACUUUGAAUUUCAGAGGCUGAAUCCUAAACUCUAACACACAUAUUAAAAUUUGCCUGCAUUUGCAUUAAAGUGAUCCUUGGUUUGGUUUACAAUUUGACAAUGUAGCUUUUUUCUUGUAGAUA